AAAUUUUCCAGCUCGAGCACAAAGCCUAGUACGACAGUUAUGCUCUCGGUCUCAAAUCUCGCCUAAACAACUUCCAAGUCUCUCUCUCUCUCUCUUCUCUCUCCAUCCCUCGCCGGUAAUCUGUAACGGUCAUUUUCCGGGAAAAUCCUCCGUCUGGGAAAUUCGAGAGAAAAUAAAAAAGGAAAUUACUGGAAUCUGGUAUUAAGCUUGUGAGAUUCUUUGUCAGUUUGCAAUACUUUUGUGGACCAACUCUUUUAUUAUAUGCAAUUUGUAUAAUCGAACUUUGCAGGCUUUGGCGGUUGGUGUUGCUUGACGCUAGUAAAGUGGAAAUUAGGGUUUUCCGGAGUGGCUUCGAAGAAUGAGAUGUGAAUCGGUGAUUGACUGCACGCAAUGGUAGCUGCAGUGUCUGCUACAAUUAACCCCAAAACCACUCAUCAUAACCCGUCGAGGCCUCCUUUGUUGCCCUCGGACCCCGACAAUGCUCGCCGUCCGAAAUCUCGAGAGGUCACCUCCCGCUACUUAUCCUCUUCAUCCUCAUCAUCUUCAUCGUCGUCAGCCUCGUCAACAUCGGGCAGACGAUUCCCGUCCCCCAUUGUUUCGAGGACCGCUAUGACACCGAUGCCCUCAGCGGCAUCGACGCUCAAGCGGUCGCAAUCCGUGGACCGGAGGCGCGCGGUGACACAGCGGCCUAGCUCUUUGGAUUCGGGGGGCACUGGUGGUCGUCCUGGCGGCAGUGGGGAACUGUCCACGGCACAGAAGAUGCUGUUUACUUCCGCAAGGAGCUUGUCCGUGUCGUUUCAGGGGGAAUCCUUCACGCUGCAAGUGAGCAAAGCGAAGCCAGCUCCGUCUCCUAGCACCGUUAGGAAAGGCACGCCUGAGAGAAGAAAGGCAGCAACGACGACGCCGGGGAGGGGAGCAGAUCAAACGGAGAAUUCAAAGCCGUUGGAGCAUCAGCGUUGGCCUGGAAGGUUGCGGCAGCCAGGUUCGAUGAGUAGGAGUGUCGAUUUUACUGAUGAGAGGAAGAAGCUGGGCGGAUCUGUGGUUAGGGCGCUGCAAAAUUAUAUGAUUGAUAACAGAGCGUCCUAUAAUGGUAAGUCAACCACAGAUUUAGCGAAUGCGAAGAGGGAGAGGAAGCCUGAGCUUACUAGGGUUUCAACAUCUGCUGCUGGAUGCGAUACGGCUGCUUCUGACACCGAGAGUGUGUCUUCUGGUAGUACUACUUCAGGAGCACAGGAGGCAAAUGCAAUUGCUUAUGGUGGAGGAGGACAAGCGCAGCGUACACCUCGUGGGAUAGUGGUGCCAGCGAAAUUUUGGCAAGAGACAAAUAAUAGGUUGCGGCGCCAGGCAGAACCUGGCUCUCCGGUAUCCAAGAAUAAUGGACUGAAGACCCCCGGUCCACCUAAGCUCAUUGUACCAAAAAAAAUUGCUAUUGACAGUCCGGUAUCUUCGCCCAAAGGGGUUCUGAAUACCAGAGGACAGCUAUCUCCAAUUCGUGGGCCGCUGCGGCCUGCUUCCCCAAGUAAGCUAGGGACACCGGCAGCUUCCUCCCCGUUGAGGGGAAUGAGCCCGUCUAAAGCCAGAAAUGGGGUGGUGUGUUCUUUGAAUAGUAAUUUGAGUAACACCCCGUCAAUUCUAAGUUUUGCCGCUGAUGUUAGGAGGGGAAAGAUUGGAGAGAAUCGGGUUGUUGAUGCUCACUUGCUGAGACUUUUUUAUAACCGCCUGUUGCAAUGGCGUUUUGUGAAUGCUAGAGCAGAUUCUUCGCUCUCUGCCCAGAGAUUGAAUGCAGAGAGAAGUCUUCAUAGUGCAUGGAUAAAUACCUCGAAGCUCCGGGAAUCUGUUAGAGCAAAAAGAACUGAAUUACAGUUGCUGAGGCAAAACUUGAAGCUGACCGGUAUUCUCCGGGGGCAAAUGACGUAUUUAGAAAAAUGGGCUGAUAUGGAUAGUGAUUAUAAUGGUUCUUUAUUGGGGGCUAUUGGAGCUCUGAGGGCUAGCACACUCCGCCUUCCAGUGGUUGAUGUGGCAAGGGCUGAUGUCCAAAGUGUGAAGGAUGCAAUUUGUUCAGCGGCUGAUGUGAUGCAGGCUAUGACAUCUUCCAUAUGCUUGCUAUUGUCAAAGGUUGGGGAAGUGAACUCUUUGGUCACUGAACUUGCCAGUACAAAUGCAAAAGAGCAAGCUUUGCUCAAUCAAUGCAAAGAUCUCUUGUCGACAAUUGCAGCCAUGCAAGUGACAGAAUGCAGUCUGAGGACACAUAUUUUACAGAUGCAACGCUUACCUUCAAACUAGCUGACAACCUAAUUGUAAAGCUCAUUUCAUUCAACUGGCCUACUAACAUGACACCGGACCUCUUCUUUUGCCUUCAAAAUUAUGAAGUCUAAGAUAUUAAAAAGAAAGGAGUGAAUGAUUGCUUGUGGAUUUUAAUAGCAGAUUCAUGCUCAUUGCGCUGUAUGAUUCAGAUGGUGUGUAUCCAUAGGUAGCAGGAAAUUAUCAACAUCAAGGUAGAUUGUAUACAGGUACUUUUUUCUAUAGGUGAGAUGAAAGUAUUGUGUAAAUAUGUGUAAUGAUAUUUCAAAUUUUCAAUCCAAUGGUUAAUCCUCAAGAUUUCAUUAUUUCCAA